UUCACCUUGUGGUUGAAUAUCUAUAUUUUUCUCUACAAAGUCAUAACUCAAUCGACUGCACAGCUUCAUGGAGAAUCACACAUAUUUAUUGCAGAAUUUUUCUUUCUUUCUUCUCCUCAAUCUCUUUCUCUUCACCCUCCUCUUCCUCUUCUCUAUCCUAAGCACCAAAAGCACUGAGCAUCCCAAGUCAACCCGGUCGUCGCUCCUAGGCGAGCUUUCGAUAGCCCACCAUGCUAUCUAAAGAGCAGCUGGAGGAUCUCCUUGCUGUCACGGACUGUCCGGUGCUCUUUUGGUUACUCGUUGGGGUCAUUUUCCUCUUUCUUCAUUGGAAUUUUUGGCCUUCUUCUAGAAAUCGUUUGGAAAUCCCAGUGAUUCGGUCUUCUAACUACCUCCCCGAUGUGAUCAACCGCGUGCUGUAUCUCUUCAGAGCGCCCUAUCUUAUCCACUAUGGGUAUCGAAAGAAUAAGAACUCCGCCUUUCGUCUCCUGAGAUGGGGUGGAGAUCUCAUUGUACUGCCUCUGAAGUACGUAGAUGACUUCAAAAACUUGCCUGCGGAUAUGCUUGACGCCAGAAGUCCUUCUUUCGAGAAAAUCCUCACGAGCUACAUGGUCUUCAUGACCAAUCACGUCGUGGCCGCAGAAACGGUUAAGAAACGCCUGAAUCCUGCCCUAGGGAGACUUUUCCCCCGCUUCAUGGAUGAGUUGGAUUAUGCCUUUCAGGUCGAGUUCCCAUCGAGUGACGAAAUAGGCGGUUGGGUACGUGUCAAGCCGAUGGAUGUGAUCACACGCAUUGUGACCCGGGCGACUUCUCGCGUGAUGAUCGGGGAUGAUACCUGUCGGAACGAGAUCUGGAUUGACACUGCCUCAAGCUACGCCCAGAACGUCAUCAAGGCAGUCAAAGUGCUCAGUCUCUUUCCUGAGUUCCUGCGGCCCCUCGUUGCCAACAUACUCCCUUGCACCCGUCGGCUCCGUAACCAGCUGGCCUUUAUCCGCGAUACUCUCCUGGUGCCUAUGAUUCAUGAGCGCCGCGCUGAUGAAAGGUCUGGGGACCCCCAGUACGCUCGACCGGAUGACUUCCUGCAAUAUUUGAUGGAUUUCGCAGAGGACUACGAACUGAACACUGACGCGGCCCGUACCGCCCACGACUUUAUGGCAAUCGUCGGCAUGGCGACUGUGUGGACGACCAGCUCUGCGAUCACCCAAGCCCUGCUCGACCUGGUCGUGCUACCGGAAUUCCUGCCACCUAUGCGAUGGGAGAUUCGUGCUUCGUUGGGACGUAACAGCUGGAAGGAUAUCACAGAGGGCACUAUCGUCUCUCAGCGUCGCCUGGACAGUUUUCUCAAGGAGUCUAUCCGACUUAGCCCUCCUAUGGAGUUGACCUUCCACCGUAUCCUCAAGGAACCAAUUGUCUUGUACGAUGGCGUCGUCCUUCCAAAGGGUACUCGGAUUUGCUUCCCAUCCGGGCCGAUCUCCAGAGACCCCGGAGUCAUCACGCACCCGGACUCGUUCAACUGUUUUCGCUGGUGUUUCACCACUCCGAGCCCCUGGAACAGCCUUGUGAACGUCAAUCCAACGAACCUGCAUUUUGGGAUCGGUCAGCAUGCCUGCCCCGGCCGGUACUUCGCGGCGUACGUCAUGAAAGCGAUUCUGGGCCGCAUCAUCUAUGAAUACGACUUCAGGUACGAGGUCCAUCGCGAAGACCGUCCUGAUAACGUCUACAUGGGCGAAGCUAUCUUCCCGGAUGCGAACGUCACGCUUCUCUUUCGUAAAAGACUCGGUAUCUAUUAACUAACUAGGAGCUGGACUACUUGACGUGAUUGGAAGUGGCCCGUCACUGACCAGGUCUUGGGCACCUUAUUUGAUUGAUAGUUACUUAUUCAGUUGACUGGAAUGAGCACAUAGUCGAUUCUCUCUCAGUUAGUGAGGGCAAUAAUGACCCAUUUUGAUCUUGGUACUACUAUUCCUGUCGUAUUCCUGGUCUAAGUUUUCU